UUGAUUCAUCACUGUUUCUUUGUUUCCAGAGACUGGUGCAUAUCUCGUCAGUUAUGGUGGGGGCAUCGUAUUCCGUCUUAUUUCGUUACUGUGGAUGAUGAAAAAAUACCUCCUGGUAAUGCAGAUGAUAAUAAUUAUUGGAUAAGUGCCCAUACGGAAACAGAAGCUAUCGAGAAAGCAGCCAAACGUUUCGGUGUUCCCAGAGAGAAAAUUUCCCUUAAAUGGGAUGAAGAUGUUCUUGAUACAUGGUUUUCUUCCGGAAUAUGGCCAUUUUCAAUCUUUGGUUGGCCAGAUCAAACGUCGGAUUUAAAACAGUUCUUUCCAAGUUCUGUUCUUGAAACAGGACACGAUAUUUUAUUUUUUUGGGUUGCACGCAUGGUUUUCUUGUCGCAGGAGCUCACUGGGCAAUUACCAUUUAAGGAGGUUUUUCUUCAUGCAGUGAUCAGAGAUGCACAUGGUCGUAAAAUGAGCAAGUCACUGGGCAAUGUAGUCGAUCCUAUUGAUGUGAUUCAUGGCAUAUCACUCGAUGAUUUGAAUAAAAAACUCGAAUUUGGGAAUCUCGAUGAACGGUACGAGCUUGAAAAAGCAAGAGAGGGUCAGUCUCGCGACUAUCCACAUGGUAUACCAGAAUGCGGUACGGAUGCUGUUCGUUUUGCAUUGAUAAGUUACACAAGUCAAAGUAGAGAUAUAAACCUUGAUGUUUUGCGCGUGCAAGGUUAUCGCUUCUUUUGUAAUAAGAUUUGGCAAGCGGUGAGGUUUACGCUAAUGCAGCUCGAUAUCGAUUUCAAACCACUGGAUCCUUUUCAAUUACUAAAAUGUUCAUCUUUGCUGGAUAAAUGGAUACUUUCUCGGUUAUCUGCUACAAUUGAAGCUUGUCAAUCGGGAUUAUCAAGUUAUAAUUUUCAUGUGGCGGCUAAUGCACUAUAUAGAUUUUGGUUGUAUGAUUUUUGUGAUAUUUUCAUUGAAGGAUCCAAACCAAUUCUGUUGCAAAGCGAAUCAGGAUCAUCAUUAGCUGUUCAAUUCGUACUUUAUGAAUGUGUGGAUACAGCUCUUCGUUUACUUGCCCCAUUCAUGCCAUUCAUUACUGAGGAACUUUGGCAGAGAUUUGUGAGAAAGCCAUCAAACAUGAAUGUACCAAGUAUUUGCGUUGCUGAAUAUCCACAAGUGUCUCAAUAUCCAUAUAGAAAUGAAGAACUUGAACUUCGAAUUUUAAAAGCUAUGGAAAUCGUGAAAACAGUUCGUUCUCUUCGCUCCGAUUACGGUUUAACACCGAAAAUUAAGACUGAUUUGUAUAUAUUUUAUGAAUUAGAUUCGGUGGAUAUAAGUGAUCUUUCUUCUUUUAUUGGUACAUUGGCAUCGUCAAACAAGGUCAUUAUUUUGGAAGCAGAAGGUGUAUCACAAAUACCUAAUGGAUGUGCACAAGUGACAGUAUCAGCUAAAUGCAAAAUUGCCUUGGCUUUAGAGGGAAUAAUUGAUAUGGGAAAAGAAUUGAACAAACUUUAUAUUAAGCGAAAUAAAUUGCUUGAACAGUUGCGAAAAUUAGAAGAACAAACAACUAUGGUUGAUUAUUUGGAUAGAGUGCCACUUAAUAUUCGAGUUAAUAAUGCAGAAAAGGUGGAUGCUUAUAAAUCAGAGAUUGCUCAUUUGAAUGAAGCAAUCAAUGCGUUGGAAAAUUCUAAAUGA